AUGUCGAAUAUUUCAAUCAUCGAUUUUGGCAAAUUCAUACACGGCAGUAACGAAGAUAAACAGCGUGUUGCACACAAACUUGAUGACGCCUUCCAUAGAGUCGGCUUCGCAUAUCUGAAGAACCACGAUGUACCAAGCAACAUGGUGAGAGAGUGCUUCACCUGGUCUAAGAAAUUCUUCGACCUCCCCCUUUCGACCAAGAUGCUAGCACCACACCCACCGGGCGGACAUCACCAUCGAGGCUACUCUGCUCCCGGUGUCGAAAAAGUCACCCAGCACGUCUUUGACGCCGAUGAGCUAUCCAAACUACGCGAGAUCUCUCCUAAAACUAAGAUACCCGAUUACAAAGAAUCCUUCGAAAGCGGUAACCCCACAGACGCCACCCAACCCAACAUCUGGCCCCCAGACCACGUCCUCCCGGGCUUCCAUGCUUUCCUCCAAACUUACUUCGAAACCUGCACGUCCCUCCUACACACUCUCCUCGACGCCAUCUCCUUGUCCCUCGCCCUCCCAUCCCCCGGCCUCAGUCCCACACAUGCACAAUCUCUGUUCCAGUUGCGUCUCCUACACUACCCACCCACCCCCUUCUCAGCACUCCGCAACAACCAGCUCAGCAGAAUAAAUGCACAUUCCGACUUCGGCAGCCUCACACUAUUAUUCCAAGACAACGUCGGCGGCUUGGAAAUCGAGGAUUUGCAGCAUCCGGGCGUGUUUCACGCAGUGGAACCCAUGGAAGAGUGUGUGCUGGUCAAUGUGGGGGAUUUGUUGGAGAGGUGGAGUAAUGGGAGGUGGAGGAGUUGUGUGCAUCGUGUUGAGUUGCCGGUGCGGUUCAAGGAAGAAGGGGAUGAUGGGGAGGGGCCAAAAGAGGAAGUGGUGGUGCCGCCAAGGUAUUCGAUACCCUUUUUUGCGAUGCCGGAUCCGGAGACGGUGAUUGAGGCGCUGCCGGGGUGUUGGGAGGAGGGUAGGCCGAAGUUUUUUGAGAGGGUUACAGCGGGGGAGUAUGUGAGGAUGCGUAUGGAGGCGCUUUAUGAUGGGUGA